CAUACAGAAGUCGCGUAAGGCGUGUUAUCUCGCGGGGUAUUGCACAUGGUGAAAAGGGCAUUUUCGCGGAUCUGUUUGCGUGUGCAAAUAGCAAGAGGAGCUUUUUUUUCUCGUGCAAAACCAGCUUCUCCGCAGACAGUGAAAAGGACACUGUUUUUGUUUGAUGCAUAGUUCUAUGUCCUUGUCGUUAGAACUGAAAAGAGCUGCUAGAGGUGGUUAACGUGGAGAAGGUCUACAAACAAGGGCUUAAGUUAUCAAAGCAUAGAACAAGUGAACUGUCUUGCAAGCAGACAGUAAUCGAUCUAAAUGUUGUUGUUUACGAGGUCCCAGCUGGGACGAAGAAGACCAGAGUGAAGUGUGGAUACAUGCACGAAGAAAAACCAAAGUGGGAAACUUCCUGAAAAAGUCGGGAAAACAGAGCCCUAGAGAGUUUGAGUGUCCGGUUUUCAGCACCCCGCAUGUGUCAUUGUCAAUAUUUGCGGCCUAGCACGCUAUAGCAACUGUGGUGGAAAGCAGAUAUAGGUAGUGUGAAAACGAGGAAAAACGUAUUUGAGGCCAGGGUGAGAGCAAACAAAAGGAAAAUUCGAGCCUCGGCUUAGUUCAGUGGAAUACAAGGAGUGGAAAUCGAAACGUGACGCAAAUCAAGGUGAACCAAACGUGAGAGGUAGAGGGAAAAGUUAGACAUAACCUACAGAAUUUGAAGGUGAAAACUCAGCCGCCCGCGCGGGAAAACGAGGGAAAACACGAGCCCAGAGUUUUCCGCUGCCAUCCAUGACUUGUCGGUCCUUGCGGAUUCGGGGUUGCAAAGUUCCAACCGGGGACGACCAAGUCGACAACCUCCAGAGGAGAAAAUCACAUUCGAAAAAAGUUGAAAUGUGCAACUGGCGAGAAGGAGGAAGCGUCAAUACGGAAAAUUAGAAUACAAGCGCUUCUCAAAUUUUGUGUGAUAUUGAAAAGUUUUUGCCUCCAUGCCUUUGCUUGACUCGUCCCAACUUUGUUGUUGCUUUCAGUGUUCCGUUUUUUUUUUGUGUCUAACACGCAACAGAAAUUCAUGAAACCAGAAACGACCGAAAGUGCGAGCGUGAAACUGUGCCAAAAAAAGUAAAUCACAGAAGCAGAGGUGCCAAAGCGAAAUCGAAACAGAAGAAAAAAAAGUAAGUGUAAAUUUCGGCAAGUGAAUGGGACGAGCCUUUUGGAGAACGAACGGAAAAUUGAGUUACUGGUCCUUCUGAUAGCAGAAACGUCAGAAACCUCUUCUGAGAAAACAUAACAGCAGAAAAAAAUCGGUGGGCAAGAAGAGAAUAAUUGGAUAAUUGAGUUCCUUCGGAAGGGCACAGUUGGUGUUCUUCUUUUUUGGCGAGGACCAUCAUGUAUGCUUAAAAUUGAUACCACAAGAUUUUCUGUGCAGUGACACAUUGCAGUAGAAAAGGUUGAGCGAACGAACAAAUUUAUACUUACGCAAUGUCCACCAAACGGUAGCAGCUUGGUACCCAGUGAUUUAUCACAACUUUCAAAUAUUCAUUUACAUACACAAACACAUCCACGAAUAAAUCGAUCUCAAAUUCGGCCCAAGGGCCCAAUUAUCACCACUCAUUCGAAACCAAUCAACAAAUCACACCAAUAAUGACGACACCAACCUCAUUCUACAAAGUGGUCAAUUACCUGUGGCUGAUUCUGCUGAUCUCGGUCGGUUCGACCGCCAAUGUGGUCAGCAGCGGCACUCAACGGUUCGCCAUGGAACCACAAGAUCAAACGGCAAUUGUCGGUUCCAAGGUGACGCUGCCCUGCCGGGUGGAAUCCAAAGUGGGCCAAUUGCAGUGGACCAAGGAUGACUUUGGUUUGGGUUGGCACCGUAACCUCAGCGGUUUCGAUCGCUACUCCAUGAUCGGCAGUGACGAAGAGGGCGAUUACUCGCUGGAAAUUUAUCCGGUGAUGCUGGAUGACGAGGCACGGUAUCAGUGUCAAGUCAGUCCCGGCAAAGAUGGAACGCCUGGUAUGCGAUCACGUUUCGCAACCAUAACUGUUCUGGUACCUCCCGAGCCUCCGAAGAUUAUUCAAGGGGAUUUCCUGGUUACUACCGAGGAUCGAGAAAUCGAGCUUGAAUGCGUUUCCGUCGGUGGUAAACCCGCCGCUGAGAUUACAUGGAUUGAUGGACUGGGUAACGUGAUCACCUCGGGUAUUGAGUACGUUAAGGAGCCGCUCACCGAUACGGGUCGGUACACCGCAAAGUCCAUACUCAAGCUGACACCGAAGAAGGAACAUCACAAUACUUCGUUCACUUGCCAAGCACAAAAUACGGCUGAUAGAACGUAUCGUUCGGUUAAGUUGAAGUUGGAGGUGAAAUAUGCUCCCAAAGUCAGCGUUUCAGUUAUUGGAGGAGCGCUUGCUGGUGGCAGGAUUCCGGAAGGUGCUGAAAUACGGUUGUCUUGCCACGCGGAUGCCAAUCCAAACGACGUCAGCUACAGAUGGUUCAUCAACGAUGAACCGGUAACCGGGGACUACACUACAGAAAUGAUCAUUCACAACGUCUCAAAGAAAUUCCACGACGCUGUCGUUAAAUGCGAAGUCCACAAUGCAGUCGGUAAAAGCGAAGAAAGUGAAAUUCUGGACAUAAGUUAUGGGCCUACGUUUCGCUCGCGACCGAAAUCGGUGGAAGCCGACGCCGACCGUCCCGUUACACUUGCGUGUGACGUUGACGGAAAUCCACCGCCGGAGAUAAUCUGGAUACACGAAGAGUCCAAUCGAAUGAUCACGUCGUCCGCCAACAUUACGAUCAUCGCAUCGCGGGAAACGGCUGGCAACUAUUACUGCAAGGCUAGCGUCAGCGGGUUCCCAGAAAUCGAAGCUAUGGCGUCCUUGUACCUCAAGGGACCUCCCCGGAUUAGAUCGCAGCGACAUCAGUACGGAGUUGUGAACGACAAUUCCCAGAUCCAGUGCGAAGCAAUUUCCGUCCCGAAGGCAAAGCACGUCAUUUGGACCUAUAACGGGCUUGAAAUAAACAACGAAAACGACUAUACCAUUCUGGAAAAUCAUCAACCGGAAGGAGUACGAUCCACACUUAUCAUCAAUAACAGCCAAAAGCAGCAUUUUGGCACAUACAACUGCACUGUGAUCAACGAGUAUGGAAUGGACUCGAUCGAGAUCGACUUCAAAGUUUCCAAAGACACCAUCCUUCUUCCGGUGAUCAUCUUCGGUUCCAUCGGAGGAUUCGUGCUUGUGAUCAUCGUGAUCAUAAUUGCGAUGUGUUUUUGUGUGAAAAAGAGUAAGAAGAAACUUCCACCGGCUGACGUUAUCCCAGAGCAACACUACAUCACUGAAAAGGCUUGCAAGGAGAGCGAUCGCUCUUCAAAUGUGAGUGAUCUUAAAAUUGAUCGCGAUCAUGAAUAUUCGGAAACGUGCUCCGGGACCGACAGUAUCGCUACACGACUGGCUAUGAACAUUCUGGGGUCAUCGAGUGGGAGCAACAACAGUGGCAAUGGAGGCCAAGGAGUUGGAGGAGGUGUACCGCUGGCUGGACCAGUGCGAAUUCCCAAUGAUUAUCGAUAUUCGGGUGAUUUCUCUGAUGGACUCGGACCAUUGCAGUCCAAAAUCGGUCAAAAUAAUGGAGGUUACGUGCCGUACGUUGAUUACGCUCAUGACUACAAUAUGCCACUUCACGUGAACACGAAUGGUCAGUUGCCGAAUGGAAACAUGAGCCUGACGAGGCAUCGAGAGCUCAGACAGGACAACGGGCUUCCAAGCAUUGGAAGUGGCAUGGGAUCGCUGUCUAACAGCCUAAUGAAUACCUCCCUUAUGACCGCUCCAAGCAUAGAUCCACGCUACAGUGCCACGUACGGUAAUCCGUAUUUGCGCAGUAGCACCACGCAGCUGCCACCUUUGCCGCCUCCGAGUACUGCGAACCCGGCGGUGACUCCAGCGCCACCUCCGUACAGCGCCGGUCGUGCUCAAAGUUCGCUCCUCUCGAUGGGAGUCAAUUUGGGCGUCGGCAAUGGACUGAACAGCGGAAGCAUAGUGGGUAUCACUUCCGGCCUAACGAGCCCCGAAUCGAUACGAUCGUCCUCUGGCGCCAACACCAGCAUGGACCAAACGUCCCAACAGAGUCAGCCAACGCCCACACUGCCAACGUCCGGAACGAGUCCCGGGCCUGGCCAAUUCAUUCUUCCAGCGAACGGGGAUCUGCGGAAAGGUGCCCUGGCAACACACGUCUAGCGUAAGCGUCCGAAAGAUAUUUACCUCUGGUUUAGCGCACCCUGUGCAUAGGUACUUGUAUGUUGCUUCUAGUGCUCUACUCUGCCGGCGGUAAGUUUUCCAGGGAUGAGAUGAGAUGCCGUAGGUUUCAAAUGUGAUAUUUGUCUUGUGGGAUUCCGAAAGAGUUGGCAAUUUCGUCCCAUGAGUUUCAGCUUGCUGAAAAGCUGUGCGUUUGCCGCUACAACUAUUUGGGCCGCUGGUGAAUUCUUUGGUGUAUUAACUGUUUGGUUCAUAUUUGAGCAUGAACAAUUCUUCGAAAGUCUAUGCAUUUUGUACAUACGGCAAAAAAAAAGAUUCGAAAAAAUGGAAUUCAAAACCUAUUACACUCAACAGAUAUUCUGAGUCAUCCAAGAAUUUUGUGGAAUAUCGGUCUUGCGAUCGUAACCAGGACUU